AUGCGAGUAGAAGAAGCACAUGCAGCAGCAGCAGCAGCUGCUGCUGCUGCUGCAGCAGAUACUGCAGCACUCCUCUACGACUGCCCGUUCUGCGCAGACAGCUGGGAGCAAGCAGCAGCAGCAGCAGCAGUAGCAGCAGCAGCAAUUCAAAGAGAGCAACAAGCAGCAGCAGCAGCAAAAUUUCUUGCAGAUCAUUAUAGUGCUGCUUCCUUUUACAGCUUCCCCUUAGAAGAAAUUUAUCAGCAGCAGAAUUACGGAUGGUUAAGACAGCAGCAGCAACAGCAACAGCAGCAGCAGCAGCAGCAGAGGCAGCAGCAGCAGCAGCAGCCGCAGGUGCCGCUGUGGUUGCUGCAGCAGCACGAGCGCCAAGUACCAAUGCAAGCAGGUGUAACAGAAACAGAAGAAAUCCGAGCAGAAGCCGCAGCAGAGGCAGCAGCAGAGGCAGUAGCAGAGGCAGCAGCAGAGGCAGCAGCAGAGGCAGCAGCAGAGGCAGCAGCGGAACAAACAGCAGAAGCAGCAGCGGAACGAGCAGAAGAAAUAGAAGCAGAAGCAGCAGCAGAAGCAGCAGCAGAAGCAGCAGCAGAAGCCGCAGUAGCCGCAGAAGAAGCAGUAGAGGAAGCAGAAGCAGCAGCAGAAGCAGCAACAAAAGCAGCAGCAGAUGCAGCAGCACAAGCCCAAGCCCAAGCAGCAGCCCAAGUACAAGCCCAAGCAGCAGCAGAAGCCGCAGCAGAAGCCGCAGCAGAAAGAGCAGCAGAAGCAGCAGCAGCAGCAGCAGCAGCAGCAUAUGAAGACUCCUAUAAGUGGGGUGAUAAGAGCAAGCAGCAAACAAACAGACGGCUGUUGCAGGCACCAGGCAGCAUAGAGCAGCAGCAGCAGCAGCAGCAGCAAGCAGCAGCAGCAGCAGCAGCAGCAGCAGCAGCAAAUGCUGUUGCUCAGGUGCAUCUUAACACCGUGAAUAUGUUGCAGGAGCAGCAGCAGCAGAAGACAGCAGCAGCAGCAGCUGCUGCUGCUGCUGCUGGAUUUCCUCAUAUAUUAAUAGGAGUUGUUCUUGAUGAUGGAUCUAUAUGGGGAAUUGAUGAUCUAAGAGGAGGAAGAAGAGCAGCAAGACAGCAGCAGCAGCAGCAGCAGCAGCAGAGGUUGCUGCUGCAGCAGCAGCAGCAGCAAAACAAUCUACUGCCUGAACCCUAA